AUGAGCGGCGGCGGCGAGCCCGGGGCGCGGGCAGCGGCCGAGCGCGAGGAGUUCGUCGCCUUCUUCCCGCAGAUCGUCCGCGAUCUGACGGAGGACGGGCUGGGGCACCCGGAGGUGGGAGACGCCGUGGCUCGGCUGAAGCAGGUGCUGGAGUACAACGCGCCGGGUGGGAAGUGUAACCGGGGGCUGACGGUGGUGGCCGCGUUCCGGCGGCUGGCGGGCCCCGCGCAGCAGGACCCGGACAGCCUCAGCUCCGCCCUGGCCGUGGGCUGGUGCAUCGAGCUGUUCCAAGCCUUUUUCCUGGUGGCCGAUGACAUCAUGGACGCGUCCCUGACUCGCCGGGGGCAGCUCUGCUGGUACAAGAAGGAGGGGAUCGGGCUGGAUGCCAUCAAUGAUGCUUUUCUCCUGGAGUCAUCAGUGUACCGGCUGCUAAGGAGGUACUGUGGGCAGCAGCCCUACUACCUGCACCUGCUGGAACUCUUCCUGCAGACAGGCUAUCAGACCGAGCUGGGGCAGACCCUGGACCUCAUCACUGCUCCCAUUUCCCAGGUGGAUCUGAGCCGGUUCAGCGAGCAGCGGUACAAAGCCAUUGUGAAGUACAAGACAGCAUUUUACUCCUUCUACCUGCCCGUUGCUGCAGCCAUGUACAUGGCAGGUAUUAAUGGCAAGGAGGAGCACGAGAAUGCCAAAGCCAUCCUGUUGGAGAUGGGAGAGUUCUUCCAGAUCCAGGAUGAUUACCUGGACUGCUAUGGGGACCCAGCACUGACAGGGAAGGUUGGCACUGACAUCCAGGACAACAAGUGCAGCUGGCUGGUGGUGGAAUGUCUGCGCCGGGUCACACCAGAGCAGAGGCAGAUCUUAGAGGAGAACUAUGGCUGUAAGGAGCCCGAGAAGGUGGCAAAGGUGAAGGAGCUCUACAAUGCACUGGGCAUGGAGGCUGCUUUCCGGGAGUACGAGGAGAGCAGCUACCGGCGGCUACAGGAGCUGAUUGGGAAGCACGCCCAGUGCCUACCCCGGGAGAUCUUCCUGGACCUCGCACAGAAGAUCUACAAGCGCCAGAAGUGAUGGAG